AUGACUCGAGCUCCUGGCGCGAGUUACGCUCAGUUCUUUCCUGCUGCCCCCCGGGUCGUUGCCAGGGACCGGACAAGGGAUCGGGAAGAUCGCGAAGGUCCCAAGGGAAGCACCCUCGAUUCGUCGCCUUUGCCAGAUGAUACCACCAACGGCCACCUCACCUCGCUAGGCCCCGCGGAAUCCUGUCCACCUCAGCAGGACGGGCACAUCCCCCCGAGCGCCAUGGCCGGCACGAGAUUUUCGAGCAGCCAGCUCACCCCUCCAGCUUCCAACGACUCCCCCUCAUCCCAUCUCUCAUCAGCUGCCCAGCAGCCGUCGACGACCGUGCGGAACACCAACGGGUAUCACGGUCAUGUCCCAAUACAGAACGAACCGCUCCAGAAUGGCACGUCGAGUGUUCUGCCCAGUGUUCCCGAACGCACCUAUGCCCGAGACCCCUCACGCCCGAUUCAAACCGUCGUGUGCACAUAUGAUCCUCUCAUGGAUAAGAAGCUGCCGAGCGGUGAAAGAAUGAAAACAAAACCGAAAUAUAAAGAGUUUGGAUUGGUAUGUACGCCCGAUACUCAUAUAUACUGGAGAGAGGUGGGGGGGGGGGGGGGGGGGCUCUCUUCAUUCCUCUUCCCCCCUCAAUAUUCACUCCCCUAA